CAUUUUUCAUAAAAGUGUGGUUAUUUGUUUUGUUCUUUGAAAUUUUUUUUAGAUUUACCGUUGUUUUUGUUACUAAAAGUGUAUUAAUUAUUUUGUGAAGCAUGUCAAGUGAAAGAAAGGUCCUUUUUGUUUGUUUAGGUAAUAUAUGUCGCUCCCCAAUCGCCGAAGCGGUUUUUUGUAAUUUAAUAGAAAAGAAUGAUGUUAAAGACAAAUGGGCAGUUGAUAGUGCUGCUAUAGGUUCCUGGCAUGUGGGUAAAUCUCCUGACCGAAGGGCUUUAACUGUGCUUCAAAAAUACCAAAUUAAAUAUAAUGGUCGUGCUAGACAGGUAGCUGUAAAUGAUUACCAUGAGUAUGAUUUUAUAUUUGGAAUGGAUGAUGAAAACAUAGAUGAUUUGAAAAGAAGAGCUCCAAACAAUCCUAAGGCUCAAAUUCUCUUGUUAGGAGACUUUCAUCCUGAAGGGGAUAGAAUUAUUCGAGACCCUUACUAUGAUUCUGAUAUAAAGGGAUUUGAAAAAUGUUAUGAGCAAUGUGUAAGGUGUUGUGAAGAAUUUUUAAAACAAUAUUCCUAAUGUAAGAUUCUUUACUUCGACUUUUGAAUCGGGUCCCGUAUGUGGAGCCAAAUGGGAAACUAUUAGAAACAUGGGCACGCUAGUAUCAU